AGCCGCCGCCGCCGCCGCCGCCGCCGCCGCGUCCUCAGCCUUGCGCUCCGCCCGCUGCCUCUGCCGCCUCAGCCCGGCCCCGGAGCACUGAGCCGGGGAUACCGGCCCCUCCGCCUGCCCGCCCUUCGGCCGCAGCCAGCAUGGGGGGCUGCUGAGAGCGAGCUCCUCUCCCCUCUGGCACCUCCCCCGGCCACUGGCCACUGGACUCUGGCCAGCGAGCUUCGGCCACCUCUGGCUGGCAGUCCGGCGCCUGGCACGGCCCUCGGCUCUGCUCCUCCGGCUCUGAGCAUCGUGUCCCCGCCCCCCCCGCCCGCGCCUGGGACACCUGGGUCCCCCGGCGGCCCCUAGGAGAGGGGCGGGGGGGGGCAUGAAGCCACUGGAGAAAUUUUUGAAGAAGCAGACGUCGCAGCUGGCGGGGCGAGCGGUGGCAGGAGGUCCCGGCGGGGGUCCGGGUUGCUGCGGAGGGCCUGGAGGGGGUGGCGGCCCUGGCGGGGGCGGCGGUCCGACCGGGGGACCGCGGCCGCUGCAGCGGCGUCAGAGCGUGUCUCGCCUGCUGCUCCCAGCUUUCCUCCGAGAGCCCUCAGCCGAGUCCGGGCUGGAGCCGCCGGCUGAGGAGGAAGGGGGAGAGCCCUUAGGGGUCUCGGAGGAGCCGGGCAGCGGGGGGCCGUGUUGGCUGCAGCUAGAGGAGGUGCCCGAGCCCGGGCCGCUGGGGUGCGGGGUACCCCUGCGCUCCCCUUCCUCGUACUCCUCAGAUGAGCUAUCCCCGGGCGAGCCCCUGGCUUCACCUCCCUGGGCCCCCCUGGGCGCCCCCGAGCGGCCAGAGCAUCUUCUGAACCGGGUUCUGGAGCGCCUGGCUGGAGGGACUACCAGGGACAGCGGCGCCUCAGAUAUUCUGCUUGAUGACAUUGUCCUCACCCAUUCCCUCUUCCUGCCAACAGAGAAGUUUCUACAAGAGUUACACCAGUACUUUGUUCAGUCAAGGGAUGUGGAGGGUCCAGAGGGGCUGGGCCGGAAGCAAGCCUGUCUAGCUCUACUCCUCCAUUUCUUGGAUACCUACCAAGGACUGUUACAAGAGGAAGAAGGGGCCGGCCACAUUAUCAAGGAACUGUAUCUGCUGAUUAUGAAGGAUGAGUCCCUUUACCAAGACCUCCGAGAGGACACUCUGAGGCUGCACCAGCUGGUGGAGACAGUGGAGCUAAAGAUUCCAGAGGAGAGCCAGCCGCCCAGCAAGCAGGUUAAGCCGCUCUUCCGCCACUUCCGCCGGAUAGAUUCCUGUCUGCAGACCCGGGUGGCUUUCCGGGGCUCUGAUGAGAUCUUCUGCCGGGUCUACAUGCCUGACCACUCUUACGUGACCAUACGCAGCCGCCUCUCAGCCUCAGUGCAGGACAUCCUGGGCUCUGUGACAGAGAAGCUGCAGUACUCGGAAGAGCCCACAGAGCGUGAGGAUGCCCUCAUCCUGGUAGCUGUUGCCUCCUCUGGAGAGAAGGUCCUCCUCCAGCCAACAGAAGACUGUGUUUUCACCACCCUGGGCAUCAACAGCCACCUGUUUGCCUGUACCCGGGACAGCUAUGAGACUCUAGUACCCCUUCCUGAGGAGAUCCAGGUCUCCCCUGGAGACACAGAGAUCCACCGGGUGGAACCUGAAGAUGUUGCUAACCAUCUUACUGCCUUCCACUGGGAGCUGUUCCGAUGUGUGCACGAGCUGGAGUUCGUGGACUACGUGUUCCACGGGGAGCGUGGUCGCCGGGAGACAGCCAACUUGGAGCUGCUGCUGCAACGCUGCAGCGAGGUCACUCACUGGGUGGCCACCGAGGUGCUGCUCUGUGAGGCCCCCGGCAAGCGGGUCCAGCUGCUCAAGAAGUUCAUCAAGAUCGCCGCCAUCUGCAAGCAGAACCAGGAUCUCCUGUCCUUCUACGCUGUGGUUAUGGGACUGGAUAAUGCUGCCGUCAGCCGCCUGCGGCUCACCUGGGAGAAACUGCCAGGGAAAUUCAAGAACCUCUUCCGCAAAUUUGAGAACUUGACGGACCCCUGCCGGAACCAUAAAAGCUACAGAGAAAUCAUCUCCAAAAUGAAGCCCCCUGUGAUUCCUUUCGUGCCCCUGAUCCUCAAAGACCUGACCUUCCUGCAUGAGGGGAGUAAGACCCUCGUGGACGGUUUGGUGAACAUCGAGAAGUUGCAUUCCGUGGCUGAGAAAGUGAGGACAAUCCGAAAAUACCGGAGCCGGCCCCUCUGCCUGGACAUGGAGGCCUCCCCGCAUCACCUGCAGACCAAGGCCUAUGUGCGCCAGUUCCAGGUCAUCGACAACCAGAAUCUCCUCUUUGAGCUCUCCUACAAGUUGGAGGCUAACAGUCAGUGAGAGUUUAGGGGCCCAGCUGCCCCCACCUAGGUCCUCGGCACCUGGCACUCAAGCACUUUGCACGAUGCCCUCAACCACCCACGUCGGCCAUCUUUCCCCUGGAGCCUCUUCCUAUCCUACAAGGAGGAGUUGGGUUGACCUACCAGAAUGCAUAAGCGUGUCUGUCCGUCCUGCUGAGGCUCUCUUACCAUGCUCCUCCACACUCUUGGUUUCUGACCUCUCCCGGUGAGGUCUGUUCCAGAGAUGGAGUUUCCAGACCCAAGCAGGAAGGAAGCACCCGCUCCCGGAUUGCAGCUGUGGUACCGGGAGGCGCUGGAAGCCUUCUUCCUGCCACCUGUUACUUCCCCCUCAUCGGGGCUGAGAUCCCUGGAUAUACACCCCCAAGACAGUGUGUGUGUGUGUGUGUGUGUGUGUGUGUGUGUGUGUGUGUGUGUGUGUGAGAGAGAGAGAGAGAGAGAGAGAGAGAGAGAGAGAGAGAGAGAGAGAGAGAGAGAGAGAUUUACAUGUCCCCUCUUAGGGAGCAAGAGUGCAUCUGAUAAGGUAGGGAGAGUAUCACAAGUGGGUUUUGUUGUUGUUGUUGUUUGGUUGUUUUUGGUUUAUUUUGCUUUUGUUUUUUGAGGAUCCCUUCUGUUUGGUGCUACCCUUGUCGACUCUGUCUCCCUCCUUCCCUCCCUCCCUCCCUCCCUGCCCAACUCCACCUGCUGUCCUACAUGUGAAAACUGUGGGCCAACCUGUUCCUGAAGGCAGGCAAUAUCAGAAGGCAAGAGAGUUAGUACCCAUUAGCCCCUGUAAAUCCCACACCCAAGUUUCCCCAAGAUCUCUGGGUAUAUGGCAGUGAGAGGCAUAAAGAUGCUCAGGGAAACACAGGCUUAUGCUGCCUCCAGGACCCUGCUUCUCUGCCCGGCAGUGGGUAGAAGGCAGUGGUAUCGGGAGUUAGGGGCACCUGUUCCCCAUACCUCUCUGCUUUGGGGGGUGUCUCACUGCUAAGGGGGGAGUUGUCAUCCUUCUUCUGGCUCUGUGUCUGCCGCCAACCACAUAGUCUGGCCAUCUUCACCCCCACCCUGCCCUUUGUCUUUCUAUAGACUCAGGGUGGACCCAGUACCUAGGGCAGCUAGCGCCUCCCUGAGUGGGGAGAAAAGGCAGCAGCGGUUAUAAAGAAGCAGCUGGGCUCCGGCAAGGCUUUUAUUACCUCUCCGGCACCCUUCCCUCUCCCAUCACGGGCUCCAGGGCAGAGGGGUUGCAGGGGCUCUUGGCAGCUACUGGGUGGGGCUUCCUGGCACAGCCUCACCCUCCUUCCUGGCCCUUCUGAAGAGGUAACGGUGGCCAUGGCAGCAGUGAAAUCAGCUGCAGCUCCUGCUCUGGGAGUGGAUAUAUUUUUUACCCAAAGCUCUGGAAUUGUACAUUUAUUUUUUAAAACCCAAAGAGGGAAAGAACCUUGUAUCAUAUGUAAACAUUGUAUUAUAGGUUAUGUUGUACAGUCCCUUUUAUACAGCAGUUCCUGUCAAAAUAUCCACAGAUAUGCCAUACCACUCCCCCUAGCUCCUAGUGGUGAUGGUGACCAUGCCACCUCCCAGCCCAUAAUGGUGAUGGUAACCAUACCUCCCCAUACUCUGCUUCUCCCACGCAGCUGCUGGCUGCUCCCCCUGCAGCCCAGGCUUCCUGCCCCGCUUCAAUAACCCCUCAUCAGUCUUCUCUAGUUCCCUAGCCUCCAAGAACACUGCCUCCCCCACCCCUUGGCUGCUGCUUGCCUCUGGUUGUGAUGCUUGUCCCCACUGCUUCUCAGGGGCCCCGAACCUCCCAACCCUGUAGCUUUAAUGGAGUGAACCCUGUGUAUUGUACAAGCCCAGUUGUCACUGAAGAAACCGCUGGAUAGAGAAAAUACACUCAAGUCUAUGAAUGAA